GUUUGUAUCAUCGCAUACAUCAUCUGUCGUUUGUUCAUCGUUAUUACCUACCCUUACCUUUCCUUGCUUCCUUAUAUAAACGACAUUGCUCUGUUCCCCUUAACUAGCGAACAACAAUAGCCCACGAUGAGCAUGCGCGGUCUUACAGUCUUUAUUGCCGACAUUCGAAAUUGUCGAGUACGAGAAUUGGAAGAGAAACGAAUCAACAAGGAAAUGGCCAAUAUCAGGUCCAAGUUCAAAGAGGGCAAUUUGAAUGGAUAUCAAAAGAAGAAAUACGUGUGCAAACUGUUAUACAUGUAUAUUCUCGGUUGGGAGAUUGAUUUUGGUCAUCUCGAAGCCGUGAAUCUCAUUUCGAGUCAAAAAUACAGUGAAAAGCAGAUUGGUUAUCUUGCGGUGACUUUGCUAUUUCACGAAAACAGUGAUUUGGUGCGCUUGGUGGUGAAUUCGACGAAAAAGGAUUUGGACGAUAUGAACGAAAUCAACAAUUGUCUUGCAUUGCAUGCCAUUGCCAACAUUGGUGGUCGUGAAAUGGCCGAGUCGCUGGCCACCGAUGUGCAUCGUUUGCUGAUCUCACCGACAUCGAAAAGCUUUGUCAAAAAGAAAGCGGCAUUGACUUUGCUUCGUUUGUUCCGCAAGCAUCCCGACGUGGUUCCUGUCACAGACUGGGCGGAUCGAAUCAUUUCUCUGAUGGAUGAAUAUGACCUGGGAGUCGCUUUGUCCGUUACGACGCUGGUGCUUGCACUAGCCCAAGCGUACCCUAUGGAAUACGCUGGAUGCUAUGACCGCGCCGUUCAUCGACUGAAAAGAAUUUUAAUCGAUCGAGACUACAGCUUGGACUACAUCUACUACAAGGUACCCACCCCUUGGUUGCAAGUCAAGUGUCUUCGCCUUUUACAGUAUUAUCCUCCGCCUGAGGACGCGAAGUUACGGUCGGAUAUCAGUGAACUUUUGCAGAUUAUCAUUACAAAUUCGCAGGACACGCCUAAAAAUGUGCAACACAGCAAUGCACAAAAUGCCGUUUUGUUUGAAGCGAUUAGCUUGGCGAUUCAUUUGGAUAGCAACUCGACGAUUUGUGCUCAGGCCGCCGCGCUUUUGGGCCGAUUCAUCUCAUGCAAGGAAACCAACGUGCGAUAUCUUGGCUUGGAGACGAUGGCCCAUUUAGCAGCUUGUGCCGAUUCUCUCGAACCUGUCAAGCGACAUCAAGAAACGAUCCUGAUGUCUCUGCGUGAUAAAGAUAUCAGUGUACGACGUCGGGGUCUGGAUCUCCUCUACUCCAUGUGCGACACCACCAAUGCCAAAAUCAUUGUCUCUGAACUUUUACGCUAUCUGCAAAUUGCCGAUUACGCAAUGCGUGAGGAAAUGGUGUUGAAGAUUGCCAUUUUGGCCGAGAAAUUCGCUACGGCGUAUUCAUGGUACGUUGAUAUCAUUCUGCAAUUGAUCUCGACGGCCGGUGAACAAGUCGGUGAAGAGGUGUGGUUCCGUGUCGUGCAAAUUGUUACGAAUAACGAAGAACUGCAAGAGUAUGCGGCCAAGACGGUGUUGAAUUAUCUCGGAUCUCCUCAAUAUAAUGAAACCAUGGUCAAAGUGGGAGGGUACAUUUUGGGCGAAUUCGGUCAUUUGAUUGCCAACUUUCCUGGUUGCAGUCCGAUUGAGCAGUUCAAUGCCGUGCACUCCAAAUUCAAUCUUUGCUCGCUCCAGACACGCGCACUUUUGCUGACAACCUAUGUCAAAUUUGUGAAUCUUUUCCCCGAAAUCAAGAGCCAGGUGCUUUCCGUGUUCAACCAGUAUCGUUAUGUCCUGGAUUCCGAAUUGCAGCAGCGAGCGUGCGAAUACUUGGCUAUUUCGACCAUGUCGACCGACGACAUGUUGCAAACUGUGUGCGAGGAAAUGCCGCCUUUCCCUGAACGAGAAUCGACCUUGCUACUGAAACUGAACCAAAAACACGGCGAUACCGAAGACAAACGUGUGUGGGUGAUUGGUGGCAAGGAGGCCAACUUGGAACGACAAGAAGGAUUGAAACGGAUGGCGUCGAUGCGUAUGAAUUCCACCGAUACCGCUUCCGCGAGUCCUGCAUCGGCACGUGCGGUUCCUCCUGACGGUCAUCCUCAACAACAGACAACGGCCACAAAAACCGCCAACGUCGAAUCAGAGGCCGAUCUUUUAGCUUUUGAUAAUCUUCAGAUCGACAGUAGAACUAUGACCAGCAACAGCAACAGCCGCAGCCCGUCUCCUGUUAUCCCAGCCCAUUUGCCUCUUGCUUCGGGCUACGAACUCGGUUUCAAUCGAUUACAAUAUCAUAGCCAAGGCGUAUUAUAUGAAGAUCCUCAAAUGCAAGUAUCGUUGAAAUCCGAGUUCCAUGCUGCGUAUGGUCGUAUUGCUCUGUACCUUGGCAACAAGACGCAAUAUCCCAUGUCGCACGUGUAUGUCAAAGCCGGCAACCAUCAGCAGCUGAACAUUAAUGUCCUGGAUUUGCAUGGACCCUCGCAAGAAGUGAUUGGUUCCAACGGACAAAUCCAACGCUUGAUCCAAGUCGAAUGUACGGAUGCAUUUACCGAAUCGCCUUCCCUAUUUAUUGGUUUCCGAAUCAACGGGGGCGAUAUGCAACAUCUUCAUCUCAAGUUGCCGGUUGUUCUAACCAAGUUUCAAGACCCCAUCGGUAACAUGGAUGGUCCAAGCUUCUUCAGACGAUGGAACCAAAUCGGAGGUCCGCCAAGAGAAUCGCAAAUUAUUUUCCAAAGUCGGGUGCCCAUUCAGUUGUCGACGGUUUCUUCAAUUUUGCAAGGCUAUCAAUUCGGCUUACUGCAAGGCGUUGACCCCAACACCAAUAACUUUGUAGGUGCCGGCGUGAUUGAUGCCGGUAAGAAUGGAGGCAAGAUUGGCGCCUUGCUUCGAUUGGAACCCAAUUUGGAACAGAAUAUGUAUCGCCUGACUUUACGAACACCAAGCGAAUCCGUUUCGGAGCAUGUGCGCAUCUUACUAGAACGCACUUUAACACACGGAUUCUGAUAGAUGAUAGCUCAUUAUACCUGAUAGUAUAAUUUUAUCGAUUGUAUUUUCUUUUUUAUGUGGUUUCUAUCACAAACGCUUUUCAUCCACCUGUAUAAAAACCUGCUCAUCACAUAAAAUCACUCCAACUGCUUACUUUGUUUAUG